CAAGAGCGAGCAGGCUACAGAAAGAGAGAGAGAGAGAGAGUGAGAGAGAAAAGUGGUACACGCCCACGCCCACGCCCCUAGAAAGGUGGAACUGGGACAACAUGUUCAACUCAAUUGCAUUGAUUGCCUGCGCACUUGCUGCCAUGUGCCUGGGUCUUGCCUCAGGAUUGGGUUUAGGAUUGGGAUUGGAAUCAGCACCAGCAGCAGCAGCCUCAACAUCAGCAUCACUAUCAGCAACAACAACAUACUCCUUCUCAUCAAACAACAACAACAACAAGCACACACUCAAACUGAGUAGAUGCCGCCAAAGUUGCUAUCAGCAGUUUUCAAAGGACUGGCAUCGUUGCACGGAUUUUGUAAAUUGCAGAAAUUGCUGGCAAAAUUGCCAACAGCAGCAAUUGGCCACACCAUUCCAAUUGAGCAUCCAUCAUGCCGAGCGUCGUGGCGCCUUGGUAUUGACCGAUGUACGUUGGGAUGAGAAGAUAGCGAAUGCCUCACGUCAGUGCCUGAUCACCUGGGAGGUAUCCGGCGGCGGUUUAAUGGGCAACCUACUAACAGAUACAGCCCGUGCUGAGUUGUCUUUAUGGCCGGAUACCGAGUACAAUAUACAGGUUACGUGUAAACAUAAGCUUACGGGUGUGAUGCGUCGCUCCAUGAAGUUAAAUGUGGAUACACAUCAAUUGGUGGCCACAACUACAACAACAACAACAACAACAACAGUGAUUCCUCCAUCACACAAUCGUACAGGAGAAUCAAAAUUAAACUCAAGUCAAACGGCAUCACAUCCAACUGAUCGAGUUUACAUAAUCAGCUCAUUGCCCACGGCCAGCCAAUUGGGCGGUGUCGUCUAUCCGGCAUUUGGGGCAUUGGCCUUCUUUUUGGCCCUACUUGUUAUGUUCCUGUUCUUGCGCCCGCAACCGAAACGUCUUCUUGGGCCCGAUGGCGACUCCUCGGAUACGGCCUCAUUGCUAAGUCGGCGUAACUCUCGGCCGUUUCCUUCCCUAGCCACAGCUUCCUCCACUUCCUCCACAUCCGCUGCUGCAAUGGAAAACUCAUCAACGUUGCAUGUAUAGAAAAUCAAAAUCUUGAAUUUCACAUCAAUUUGGAAUUGAAAU